AGAAAAACAACAUAUCCCAUAAGACUGUUGGAUUACACGUCAUCACAAUGCGUCGUUGCCCCUCGCAACACUGUGCAGAUUAAACGCUGAUUAAUAAACUGGUCUCCGGAUGAUAAUCAUCGAGUGAGUUAAUGCUAUCUGAGAGAAAGUAAAGACAGCUAAAGGGAACAAUGCGGAAAAUAAGUACAGACACACUGUGGGAUUUGGCUGCAGACGAGGUCCGAGCCAGAGAGAGCAGAAAUGGACGUGACCACGAUGAUGAUAAUGAGGAAGAUGCCCAGGCUCCCUGCGAGAGAACUGUUUUCUUUAUAGGCAGUAAAACUGGGGGUAAAACAACAAUACUGUUCAGGUGUAUUGACAGAGAUGAAGCCCCCAAACCAACCCUGGCUUUAGAGUACACAUUCGGUAGACGAGCAAGAGCACACAACACACUCAAAGAUGUAGCUCACCUGUGGGAACUGGGUGGAGGCACAUCUUUAUCAGAUCUUGUGCAGAUACCAAUCACUUCUCAGAACCUCAGCACACUGUCACUGGUGUUGGUACUGGAUCUGUCUAAGCCCAAUACACUCUGGACCACCAUGGAGAAACUCCUUCAGGCAGCUCUAAACCAAGUGGAAAAGGCGUUUGCUAUAACCAAGAGACCAGGAGAGUCCAGACCCAGCAAACAGCCAAACCAAAGCAGUGCAUUACGUAUCCUCCCCAAAGACCACCCAGACAGAGAGCUCAUCAGCCCCUUCCCUGUGCCUCUUCUUAUGAUCGGGAGCAAGUUUGAUAUUUUUCAGGAUUUUGAGUCCGAGAAGAGGAAGGUGAUUUGUAAGACCCUGCGUUUUCUGGCUCAUUACUACGGUGCAUCCCUGAUAUUCACGAGCAGCAAAUUGGAGACAACUAUGUCUAAAGUCAAGAACUUCAUCAAUCAUCUAGCUUUUGGGACUGAUAGAGGGAAGUACUUGUCUACAGACCACAGCAAACCUCUCAUAAUUCCAGCAGGCAUGGACUCUCUCAGUCAAAUAGGAUCUGUUGAUGUUGAUCUCGGGACGCUGCACGCUAAAACCCCACUGGAACUGUGGAAAAAAGUUUUUGAAAGGUUUUUUCCUCCAGAGAGCACUAGUGAACGCAAAGAAGUGAAGGAUCCAGCCAAAGACCCCCAGUUCAGUGAGCCUCUUAUAGAUGCCAUGAGAGCACAGAAAGACCAGGAGCUGGAGCAGUAUAAGCGAGAACAGGCAAAGUCAUGGAAAGGCUUGACCCUGGAGUCCUAGAGCGACAGCAAGUCACAACAGAAACUCAGCAUCAGUGCAAGAUAUUUCUAGAUUUUUCUUAUGUCUAUUUUCAGAAAAAGAAUGUUCAGUUCUGUUCCUGAUUCACAUGCAGUGCGUAGCUGAAGCACAGGCCGGAGACGCCGCUUUGAUGGAUUGUAAUACCAUGAUUUUAUACCAGAUUUCUGUGCGUUGUGUUAAGAUAGGUAAAUUAUGUAAAUAUGAGAUUAGUAAUUGCAUUAAAGGUUAUUCGACUUUAUGAAAUCCUUUAUUUUUAGUACUCUUAAAUUCCUAGAUAAAAUCUGGUACCAGUUACAUCCGUUUUCUACGCUGAAUGCACGGACGAUGAGGGGAGUUUACAACUGUGCAAACUCAUAAUUGUCAAAAGUAACACUUUCUAAAAAUUGGGAGCAAUUAAUAAUGUUAUUUAAUAAUGUCC